AUGGCCCCACGAUGGCCCCGCGGGGCCGGGCGGGUCCUGCCCCCUGCCCUGCCCCGCCGUGCCGGGCCCGGCCAUGCGGCUGCGGCCGCCGCUGCUGCUGCGGGGGGCGGCCCGGGGGAGAGCGGGGCAGGGCAGCGGCCCGGGGCAGCCUUCCUGUCUCCGAAGCUGGAAAAUGAAACAAAAGGGAAACUUCAGAAGCAGAUUUGUCGAGUUGUUCUGGAUCACUUUGAGAAGCAGUACACGGCAGAGCUGGGAAAUGCCUGGAGCAGUGUCAGAGAUGUCCUCACAGAUCCCCUGUGCUGGCAGCACUCGGUUCUGCUGAACAGGUUCAGCCCGUGCCCUGAGCUGGAGAGCAGGCUGUGUGUGCAGGGCUAUCACCCUGCCUUCCAAGGAGCUCUGCCCUACCUUCCAGCAGCGUUUCAGUGCUACAUCAGGAGAGCUCCUGGGAGAUUCCCUGCUCAGAAACACCAGGCUGGCCGACUGAAGGAGUGUUACCUGCUGAACGCGGCUUCGCUGCUGCCCGUGCUGGCCUUGGAAGUGAAGGAUGGGGAGAAGGUUUUGGAUCUCUGUGCUGCUCCAGGGGGUAAAUCAGUGGCUAUCCUGCAGUGUGCCUGCCCAGGUCGGUUGCACUGCAAUGAAUUUGAUGAUUCGAGGGCAAGAUGGUUGGAAGAGACCAUAGAAUCCUUCAUCCCACAGCCUCUGAUUAACUUGAUAACGGUGUCUAAACUGGAUGGCAGGCACAUUGGAGAUCUUAAACCUGAAUUAUAUGACAAGGUACUGGUUGAUGCUCCUUGUUCAAAUGACAGAAGUUGGCUUUUCUCUUCUGAUAUUCAUCAAGCUACACUCAGGCUGGUCCAGAGGAAGGAAUUAUCAUCUCUACAAUUCCAGCUCCUGAGGUCUGCUGCCAAAGCCCUGCGUCCUGGUGGCUGCUUGGUGUAUUCCACGUGUACUCUCUCCAAGGCAGAAAACAGUGAUGUGAUAAACCUCACCCUGAGCUCCUGCAGCGAUCUUGUGCCUGUGGAUAUCAGUGAGAUGGGCAGGGCUGUUUCUCAGGAAUUCACUUUUCUUGCUGGUUUGCAGCAGCACGAGCUCCUGGUCCUUCCAGAGAGAGGGAGAGCGUGGGGUCCCAUGUACGUGGCUAAAUUAAAGAAAAUCUAGUCCAGCUGCUGCCUGUGGGCUCUUUGUGAGGAAUAAAUGAUAAAUUAAUACUGAUUUAGAAUACAGGAUGUGUAUUUGAACAUGUCCAGGGGAACUGAAUUUAGAGCAUUGUUGCCUAAUAAAAAGGAAGCUAAAUAUUUAACUUAUUUUGGCUUAAAAUAUUCAAUGUGUCUUCAAAUAUGGACUUGUGGGCCUCUGGGAAGUCCUUAUGAAGUCACGGGAGCUUUGUAUUAUUUUCAAGGUGGCACUUUUAAAGGGAGUUUUAUUCUAGAAUAGGGGCCUAAUGUGGUGGAGGUUUCCACUUUUUUGGUUUGUGUUUUUCUUUUUUUUAUUUAUUAAUUCAGUUAUGACACAGUGUGGUUUUAAAUAAAUGGUUUCUAUGGUCUGAGGUCACAGAAAUCCUGCAUUCUCUCUGAGCACAUCCAGAAAUCUGUGUUUUUGUGAGAACUGAUUUGUAUGUAGUGUGUCAUCUUAAAUGCUGACUAUUCCACGCACUGGCAAACCAGGUUUCGUAUUUGCAAAAUUUGCCAAGCUGUUUACUGUUUAAAAGCUGUCUCUUGUUUACAGUUGCAAAGGUCAGCAGCUCUAUG